AUGUCAUUUUCACCUUCUAAAAUUGAAUCAUUUGAAAUUUUUUCCCCAAAUAUAAAUUUCAGGAAUAGUAAUUUCAGUAUCAAACCAAUGGAAACAUUAAAUAGCUCUAAAAACAUUGAAAAUAUAAAAAAAUUUAAUUAUAUAAACAAAAUUGGCAUUGAAAAUGUUGACAAUGCAAAAAAUUCUGAUGAAAUAAAAAGAGAAAGCUUGGAUGAUAAUAACAAUAAUUCACAACAAUUUGGAUUAUUAAAUUUUGAAAAUAACUUAUAUAAUAACCAGGAUAAUGCUUUUGAUAAUCAUAUACAUAAAAUUAAAGAAAGUAUGAUACCUCAUACCAAUAAAAAUAGCAAUGAUUCAUUAGAAAAUUUUUUUUCAGCAAGUAAAUUUAAGAUUGAAAAAAUAAAAGAGAAUAAUAGUAUAAAUAACAAUUAUUUAAAUAAAAAUAAAAAAAAUUUAACAAGCAUAUUACCAUUUGAUAAAAUUGUUGAAGAGUGUGCUUUGCAAAAUUCAUUAUCGAAAAACCAAGUACAUAAUUUAUAUAACCAUCAUAAUAUUUAUGAUGAAAGAAUAAAUAACAAAGAACAUUAUAAUAUGUCAAUAAAUACUUAUAAUGAAAACAAUAUAAUUAGUAAAAAAUUUAGUGAAGAUAUUUCAGAUAAUCCGUUUUCUUCUUUGUCAAAAGGUCAUAAAAGUUUUUUUAAUAAAAAAGAGGAAUAUAUUAACAGCUUGGAAUCAAGUAAUUUUAACAAUGUGAAUAUUUUUAAUAAUAAAUAUGUAUCAGUAAGAAAUAUAAAUCAAAAAAUGAAUCGAAAAUUAAGUGAAAAAAACGGCUUCAGUAAUGACAAUAAUAAUAAUUAUGAUGGUGAUGGUAAUAGUAAUAAUAGUAAUAAUGAUGAGGUCGAUGAUGAAUAUAAUAAAAAUAAUUUAUUUGAAGUAUAUGAUUAUAAAAAGAACAAAAAAGUAAUAUAUUAUGCUGUUAAAAAUCAUUAUAAUCCUUGUAAAGAAAUGAAUAAGAAAGAAAAAAGAAACUACGAAGUUUACGAUAGCAAACUAUAUGAAAACGAUAUAUAUGAUUAUUUAUUAAAUCAAUAUGAAAAGAAUUAUAAAAAGUUAAUUGAGCAAAGAUUUCCUAUUAAACCGAACUUUAUUAAUGAAAGAAAAGAAAUUUUUAUAAAUCAAACAAAUUUACAAAAAAGUUCGUCACAUAAUUGCAAAAAUGAAAAAAUUAAUAACAAUGAAAAGAGUGAAAAAGAAGAGGAUUCUAAUGAAAAAGAGAAAAAAAAAAUAGAGAAUUAUAAUGAAGAUAUUGAUAAAGACCAGGAAAAUAAAAAUUCUACUGGUAAUAAAAUUGACAAACAAACAAAAAUUGAAAAAAAAGAAAGUGAAAUGUUUGAAAAUAUUAAGUAUGGAUGUAAAUUAUAUCAAAAGGAUGGAUUAGAUUCUCAAAAUGAAAAAAAAAAAAAAAAAUCUCAAACAAAUUUAAGAUUUUUAAAUUUAUAUAAUGAUGAUAUAUCAGAUAUUUAUAAAUCUAUUACAGAUAUAUAUACAUAUAAGCCAAAUUUAUUUAUAUAUUCAUCAAAAGAUAAUAAUAAUAAACAUUUUGAUAAUAAUUUAAAAAUUAAUAAGGAACUUAAAAAAAUAUUAAAAAAACUGAAAUACAAUAAUACAGUUGUUAUAAGUAAUAUAGGAAGAAAAUGUGGAUCAUCUACCUUUUCAAAUUAUAUGAUAAAUAGUAUACAGAUAAAUAAUUUUACUAAUGAAAUUAAUAACAAAGAAGAAUGCAUUUAUUCAUAUAUUACAACUAAUAAAAAUAAAAUAAGUUACAUUUAUCUAGACUACGACAAAUUAACAUCGAAAAAAAAUGCAGAUGAUAAUAAUAAUAAUAAAAUAAAUAAAUAUAUAACCUUUUCUUUUUAUUUUUCAAACAUAAUUAUUAUUCAUAUAGAUAGUCAAAACUACUUAGAUAUGUUUUACAUAUUAUCAGAUUAUUAUGACAUAAUUAAGAACAUAAGAGAAAACAUUAAAGGUAGAAGAAAAAAGUAUCAAAAACAAAAAAAAAAAAAAGAUAGCAUAAAAAAUAAAGAAGGUAAAUUUCAUAAACUUAACACAAAAAAGAUUAAAAAAGAUUCAUCUAGUGAAAUCAAUAUUAUGGAUUCAUCUUAUUCAGAAAGUAAUGACUCAAUUAAAGAAAGUUUUGAUGAAAACAAUUUUUAUUUUCCUUAUUUUAUUUUUAUUUUAAGAGAUAUAAAUAAAAACGGUUGCACUAAGAUAAAAUCAAAAAAUGAAAUUAAAGGUAAUAAUAAUUUUAUGGAAGCACGAGAAUAUUUAGAUUCAUUAAUAUAUAAAAUACAUGACAAGAAUUUGCAAAAAAAAAUUAAAUACAUUCUGAAGUUUAUUACAAAAAAGGUAUUAUUUUUUUUGCCGUACUUAUAUAAAAACAAAAAUGAAUCUCUUAUUAAUUAUGAUUAUAUGAAUGAAAUAAAAAACAUUAAACGAGAAUUAUAUAUACAAGGAAAGUGUAUAGAUAACAUGUAUAUAGGUAAUGGUACAUACAUUUACAAAUAUCUUAGCAUGGUUAUCUAUACAAUAAAUAACAACAUUUUUUACAGUUCUAAUUAUUUAAAAAGAAAAAUUGAAAAUUUUGAAAACAAGAUGUUACAUGAUGUUCUAACCGAAAAUUUUUUGCUUCAUCUAAGAAAGAAAAUAGAAAAAAAAUUGCCUAUGAAACCAAAUUUGUUUUUGACAUUAACAAAUGAGUUAAAAAUAGAAUUUAUUUUGACAUAUGAAAAGUUUUCAGUUGGAAAUACUUCAACAAAAAGAAAAUAUAAAAAUGAGUUGUGCAAUAAUAUUGAUGUUAUUAUAUUAAAAGCAUACAAAGAAAAUAUAGCAUUUAGUUGCUAUACUUUUUUUAAUGUAAUACAUAAAAAAAUAAAGGAGUUACAAAUAUAUAAUAAAAUAAAUAAUAGAGAAUAUGGAAAUUUUGAAGAAAUGCUGAAAGAUGUAGAUAAUAUUAAUGAUAGAAAAAUAGAUAAUUUUAUUUAUAAUGAAAUAUUAAAUAUAAAAAAAGAGGAAAUAUAUACUUAUUUUAUGAAAUAUCAGUAUGACAAUUACGAAAGCAUUUCUCAUAUCAAUUGUGAUAGGAAUAAUUUAAAAAGACGUUCAACAAAUUAUUGCAACUCUGAUUCUACUACUGAUCCAGAUGCGUUAAAUAAAAAAUAUGAAAAUGAUAAAAGUAAAAAAUAUAAUAGUAUUAAUAUAAUUGCUAGCAAUUUUGCUCCUUCAAAUUUUAAAAGUUUAAAAAGUAAAUAUGAAGAAAAAUACGUUACUUACGAUAAUAUUAAAAAAGAUAGAAAUGAAGAUGUACUAGAUUGUUCAAAAAGUAUUAGACUAGAUAAUAAUAAAAAAGAUAUGAAAAGAAAAAUAAAAUAUGAUUUAUUUAAUGAUCAAAAUGAUUUUUAUAUAGAUGUAGAUAGUGGUUACAUUUACCCAAGUAAAACAAAAAAUGGAAAUUAUGCAGAAGAAAAGAACCCUUCUAUAUCAAAAAUCUCUUCAAGGAGAUCACUUCAUAAAUUUAAAUCAGAUGUAGGUGUACUAGAUGCUAGAAAAACAAAAAUUCGUAAGGAGAAUUAUAUUUCUAAAAAAUAUCAUAGUUCUGAUUAUUUUAAAAAGAAAGGUGCUAAUUCUAUUAAUAAAAAUUUGGCAUUAUGCGAAAAUUCAGAAAGUUCAAAUGAUUUUUUGGAAAAACAUAGUGAACAUCAUUCUAUAAAUCAGUUACAACGAAAUUCUAUGAAACAUAAUCCUUCAAAUAAUUUACAAGUUACUAAUGAUAAAACAUUAGAUUUAGAAAGAAAUGAAUCUAAUAAAAAAAAGUUAAAUUCCAUGUGUAUCCCACACAAAAAAAAAAGUAGUUGUUUACCUAAGCAUAAGAAUAAAUCUAAAUAUGAUAAUAUGUAA